ACUUUCCGGAUUUCCGUUUGAGCAGAUAGUUACAAAGUUAGAUCAUUUGCAAGACAAAUUGAACGAAAUGGAAGCUGCCAUGAAGCAUAAUCGAGAAAACGUUGACCAAAAACUGUCUAUGUAUCUCCAGAGUAUCUCGUCACGAUCAUGCAAGGAAGUUCCAUUAAAUAAAUCGGGCAAAUACAUAAUACAACCUAGUAAAACCAAUGAACCUUUUGUGGGAUAUUGCGAACAGACUGUAUUUGGAGGAGGUUGGUUAGUGUUCCAGUAUCGUUACGAUGGAUCGGUGGACUUUUACCGCAACUGGACCGAGUAUAGGGACGGAUUUGGAAGUAUCGAUGGUGAAUUCUGGCUUGGGCUGGAUUAUUUGCAUCACGUGACGUCAGCACGAAAGCACGAGUUACUGGUGGAGCUGAAAGACUUUGAUGGAAACUACAUGUACGCACGGUAUGAUGAGUUCGAGAUCGGGAGUGAGGAGGAUCAAUAUGCGUUAACGAAGCUGGGAUCGUACACAGGAACGGCCAAUGACUCCUUGAUAGCCCACAAGGGCAUGAAGUUCUCGGCGAAGGAUCGGGACAAUGAUAUAUGGCCAGUUGGAAACUGUGCUAUCAAUUAUAAAGGAGCAUGGUGGCACAAACGAUGCUACGAUUCAAAUCUUAAUGGUCUCUUUAGGAAUAGUGUGAAUGCGGAAAAUAUUGUUUGGGCUAAGUACAUACUAAGAUUAGGAUUGGCAUUCUCAAGAAUGUCGAUUCGCGAGACAUAA